UACUCAUGGAAUAGUUGAUGAGUGAGAGGGUGAAUGUGGUUCAUCACUGGAGACUUGGGAGGUUCACUGCUCGGGGAAGGCUGUCCAAGGAAGGUGUUUCAGAUCCUGGAGGUAGCUCCCUAAAACCAGUUGAGUUUAUCUUAGCAAGGAGUGUGAUGAUGUCACCCCAGGAAUGCAGUUAAGGUUUGGUCCUGCUGCAGAAGAACCUGUGGAGAGUCACACACUGGCUCAUAAAUGAGUGGACCAGCAAUGGGCAGGAUGUCCUGCACGGUGGGAGUUCCCCUGCUCAGAAGGCUGCCUUUUGUCUGAUUUCCAGGAUCACGCAGAGACUAAGCUGUGGAUGCCGAACAGCCCGACACCAAGAGCACCAGAUUUGCCCACACCCUGCUGGGCCCAGCAGUCAUGCCAGACACACCAGUGGAGGACUCCCUCUUCCAAAUCAUACACUGCUUCCACCACUAUGCAGCCCGGGAGGGGGACGUGGAGACCUUGUCCCUAGAGGAGCUGAAAGCCCUGCUCCUGGAGAGUGUGCCGCGCUUCAUGGACACCCUGGGCCGCAGGCAGCCAUACUACAUCACGGAGCUGUUCCGGGCAGCCGACAAAAACAAGGACAACCAGAUCUGCUUUGACGAGUUCCUGUACAUCCUGGGCAAACUGGUGAAGGACUAUCACCUGCAGUUCCACCGGCAGCUCUGCACACACUACUGUAGCCAGCACAGCCUCUACUAGAGGAGCACAGGCAGUCUCUCACCACGGAAGCUGGUCCCGGAGGGAUGAACGGCUUUCGGAGCUCAGCCAUGUGUUUCUUCUUCGGUGUGCACAUGUGUGUCCAAAUAAUAUCACAGAUAUUUCUGGGAAGUACUUGGGGCAUGGUUCAGGGUUUCCAUCAAUGUUCAGUAAAAGUUUAGUCUUUACUUUGUGGAACGCGAUUGGGUGGUCCCUUGUUUGAUUGGAACACGAUUGGGUGGUCCCUUGAUUGAUUGGAACACGAUUGGGUGGUCCCUUGCUUGGUUGGGGAAUACUGGCCUUGAAUCCAAGGUGCUUUUAGCUGCUGCAAGAGACGCAACCUUGCUAUCAGAAAUCUUAUGUGAAGUGUGAAAUGGCCCUCUGCUCUGGCAUCAGUUUAUAGGCAAGGGAAGGAGUUUUCUGGGGCAGGCCGCCGCCUGAAAAGGAAGUAAGGUCUCCCAGGGUUGUUAUUGACCACACACUCACUGUACAUGCAGAACAGGAGGGGAGCCGCAGGGAUAACGGUGUACAGAUGGAGCCCUCCCAGGGGUCUGCAGGCACAGGACACGGUCGAGUCCUGGGAAGGACCAAGAGGGAGGUGAUGAUUCAAGAAGACAUAAUAGCAGCGGAGACUUGGGUGGCAUGUCUGGGACUAGCCGAGAGCUGUCCGGAAAUAAAUGUCCAAGGGGAACAUGCAAACUUCGUUUACUCAGGUGAACACCGAGAUU